UCUUGUCCAGUCUGGGCUUUAGAGCGCAGGCGCAUUGCUUGCUGUCAAAUAGGAGGAUCUGCGCUUGCUCAGUACCCGUCACCCUUCUUCAUUCUCUCCCCGCCAAGUAUCACCUGUGUGGCAUUCUUGUAUCCCCUGUCUGUCCACCUUAACCAGCAACAUGUACGCCUGCGCCAAACUUAUGUCCAACCCAAUUUUGAUGAGGAAUGGUGCUUGUCUUCUUUCCCGACCACUUUCCAGUAGCCUGCUGAGCCGCCCUGUAUUCAGGACAGAGCAGUCACAGGAGGUGGCACUGGUUCCAUCACGAGGGGUUCAGACCAGUGCAGUGUGCCGAGACAUUGAUACUGCUGCUAAAUUCAUUGGCGCUGGAGCUGCCACUGUAGGUGUGGCUGGUUCUGGAGCUGGUAUUGGUACAGUAUUUGGAAGUCUCAUUAUUGGAUAUGCCAGGAAUCCAUCCCUUAAACAGCAGCUAUUCUCCUAUGCCAUCCUGGGUUUUGCCCUUUCUGAAGCUAUGGGUCUGUUCUGUCUCAUGGUUGCUUUCCUCAUCCUGUUCGCCAUGUGAAUAAUUUUUUGUCUUGCAAAUUCCUCUUUGUCAUCAAGUCCUGUUUCUAUGUGGCAAUAUACAGGGUUUGGGUCCCUUGCCACAAGAGGUGCCAGUACAUUCUGGAUAAUAAAUAACUUUAAGAAUUUGGA